AUGUUCUCUUCCUCCAACCCUUCUUCUUCCUCUUCUUCUUACCCUCCUCUUCUUCAUCCCUUCUAUGUUGAUGAUUCUCACAAUGAUAGCAAUGCUUUUGUUGUUGCUAAUAGUGAUGGAAGUAUGUUUGACCCAUCUUCAUCUCUUGGUACUACUACUCAUCAAGCUCCAUUACUGUUCCCAGCAGCAACAAAUCUGAAUGUUGCUGACUAUGCUGCCAUGCUCCAAAGGGACUGUUCUUAUUAUGAUUAUGGUGGUGGUGCUAGUGCUGGUGCUGUUGUGGGUGGUCAUAAUGGUCUGAACUUGUUGACAAAGAAAGGGAAGAAAGACAGGCACAGCAAGAUUUUUACAUCUCAGGGUUUGAGAGACAGAAGGGUGAGGCUUUCAAGCGAGAUUGCUAGAAAGUUCUUUGAUCUUCAGGACAUGCUUGAGUAUGACAAACCCAGCAACACCCUCCAAUGGCUCUUCACUAAAUCUGAGAAUGCUAUCAAAGAGCUUCAAAGAACCAAGCAAGCUAAUCCCACCACCUGUUCUCAUCAUGAUCAUCACACCUUCUGCUUCACCUGCUUCUCAUCAUCAAAGGACAAGAGAUUCCCUCCUCCAGAUUCAUCAGAUCCUCAUCAUCAUCAUCAACUUAUGGAUGUUGAGCUUCAAGACCCUAAUCUACUAAGAACCAAUUUCAUGAGCCUUGAGAUCCCUCAACAUCAGGAAGCUAGUUUCAACAACAUUAAUAACAAUAACAACCACUCCCCUCCCAAUUGGAAUUUAUACCAAUGA